AUGACGUCACAAGCAAAUUUAAUCCCCCAAAUUGCCACAUUUCAAAAUUUAACUUCUCACUUUCUUCUUCCUCCUCCUCCUCCUCAUCCUCCUCCUCUUUCACCUCGCCAGUCUCUUCCUCACUCCCUUUUUUUUCGUCUCAUUCUCUUUCUUUCAGUCAAUUUCUUUAUCACUCCCCCUUUUUUUCUUUUUCUUUCGUUCCACCAAUUUCCCUAUCACGUCCCUCGUUCUCCCCCCUUCUCUUUCUUUUCAUCAGUUUCGCUAUCACCCCCUCUCUUUCUUUUCCCUUUUAUUUCUUUCUUUCUACCAGUUUCUCUAUCACCUCCCCUCGUUCUUACCCGUUCUCUUUCUUUUCGUCACUUUCUGUAUCAUUCCACUCUUUCUUUCCCUUUCUAUUCCUUUCUUUUCUUUCUUCAUCCCAACAGUUGGUAUUUAUUUCUUUCUUUCUUAUUCAUUCAUUUAUUUUUCUUUCUUUCUUAUUCAUUCAUUUAUUUUUCUUUCUUUCUUUCUUAUCCAUUCAUUUUUCUUUCUUUCUUUCUUAUCCAUUCAUUUUUCUUUCUUUCUUUCUUAUCCAUUCAUUUUUCUUUCUUUCUUUCUUAUUCAUUCAUUUUUCUUUCUUUCUUUCUUAUUCAUUCAUUUUUCUUUCUUUCUUUCUUAUUCAUUCAUUUUUCUUUCUUUCUUUCUUAUUCAUUCAUUUUUCUUUCUUUCUUAUUCAUUCAUUUUUCUUUCUUUCUUAUUCAUUCAUUUUUCUUUCUUUCUUUCUUUCUUUCUUUCCCAUGCAUUUUCAACAUUACACAGUCUUACUUUCUUCUCAUUGCCUCCAUUAACCCUGCCCAGUAUAUUCUCACAUUCAUGUACACCGUCUCUUUCUAUUUUCCCUCUUUUCUUUUCUUUACCUCUCAGGACCAAAUCCUCUUUCUGCUUACCCCAACCCCCUUUUUUUAA